AGUAGAAAACCUAUUACAAUAAAUCUAAUCACAGAAAUGGACUUAACCAAAAUUAGCUCAUUUGUUAUUUUUUUUAUAGAAUCCACCAAUAUUAGGUGGCUGAUAGCUUACUGGUUGAACGUUAUAAACAGAAGAAAUUAUUUUGACUUUUCAUAAAUUAGAUUUGAAAAAUAACAGCUGCUUAUCUUUACUUAUAAACAAAGGUGUUUAAACAUAUAAGUACGACGAAAAUGAGUUACCGAUACUGGAAUUAUUGUGAUAGUGACAGUGAUUUUUCAGAUACAGAUUCGAAUAUAUCUUAUAAAAAGAAACCUUUCAAACAAUUACAAUCGGCUCCAGCAUCUUCGGCUAAUAGAAAAUAUCCUUAUAUUGCAGAAUAUGCAAUUUCAUCAGAUACUUGUAGAGGAUGUUGGGAAACUAUUCACAGGGGUACUUUACGAUUAGGUGUUAAUAUUCAAUCUCUAAAAGAGGAUAAUAAGAUACAAUAUUGGUAUGAUUUUCAAUGUUUUUUCAAUAAACAGAGGCCCAAAAAUACUUUUGAUAUACAUAAUUUUGAAUCUUUAUUGCUCAAAGACCAACAAAAAAUAAAAAAACGAGUUGGUGUAGCUAAUAUCAACAUUCUUCCAAACACUGUAAAUGAUAAUAAGAAGGGCCAAAAGAGAGGAGGGACUAGUACUAAUAAAUUGAAACAAAAAGCACUCAAAGAUUUUAAAAUUCAAUAUGCCAUGUCCGGUAGAGCCAUGUGUAGGGGUUGCCAUCAAAAAAUUCUAAAAGGUGUUGUACGGAUUUCAAAAAAAUCUUAUGAUACCGAAGUUGGAAAAAAGUUUGACGGUCAGGAUAUGUGGCACCAUGUUUCUUGUUUUGUCGCAAUUAGGAGUGAUUUGGGAUAUUUUGAAUCUGCAGAUAAAUUACCAGGUUUUAGGGAACUUGAAAAAAAAGAUCAAGAACUUGUUUUAAAAGAAUUGACCGCAGUAGAUCCAGAUGAUCCUGAAAUAAAGAAAAUAAAAACUGAACCUACCUCAACAGAUCCAUUAAUAAAUGAGGAGGAAUAUAAAGUACAAAAUAAACAAAUAUUCACCUAUAAAGAGCAAUUAAAUAAGUUAUCUGAUAAAGAUUUAACAAAUUUACUUACGACUAAUAAUCAAGUAGUUCCUUCAAAUAAAGCUGUUAUGGUAGAAAGGCUAGCAGAUAUUAUGACAUUUGGUGCUUUACUACCAUGUAAAAGUUGUAAUGGACAACUUGUUUUUGAAAAUGGUGGGUAUGUGUGUACUGGCAACAUUUCAGAAUGGGCCAAAUGUGAUGUUUCAGAAAAGGAACCCGAAAGGAAACCAUUCAUAGUUCCAAAAAAUCUGACCAAAAAAAAAAUCGCUGAUUAUGUAUUUAUACCAAGAAAGAGAAUAAUUAGAACUGAAGCACCGACCAAUAUUGAAAAAGUGAAUUACUAUGAGCCGCGUGUGAAAAAGGAGGCUCCACCUCUUUAUGAAAUGAAAUUCGUUAUUAUAGGCAAACCCCCUAAAGGCAAAGUUGAAAUAAAAAAACAAGUAGAGGCAAUGGGUGGCAAAUUGAUAACAAAAAUUGACGAAAACAUAGCUGCAAUAAUUUCAACUCCCUUAGAAGUUGAAAAGAUGAACCAAAGAAUGAAAACAGCUGAAGCAAAUCAAAUUCAUAUUGUAACCGAUGAUUUUCUGGAUGAAUGUAAAAACUAUAUGGGUAGAAUAGCCGAACUUAUAAUAGAAAAGUGUAUCUGUGACUGGGGCACAGAUCCAACACCCAGACUUCCCGAUCUAUCAGCAAAAAAAUAUAAAAGUGUUUACAUAAAAUCUAUACCUGAUAAAGUUAAAAUGACAAUAAAAGGCGGCGCUGCUGUUGAUCCUGUAUCCAAACUCGAAAAUUGUGCUCAUGUUUAUGAAGAAGGAAUUGACAAGUAUACUAUAGUUUUAGGAUUGACUGACAUACAACUUGGAAAGAAUAGUUUUCACAAGAUACAACUCCUCGAAGCUGAUGAUCUUAGUUCAUAUUGGAUAUUUGAAUCUUGGGGAAGAAUUGGUACAAACAUUGGUGACAACAUUACCAGGUACAUGAUAUCUUUGGACUAUGCUAAAAAUACAUUUACAACAUGUUAUAAGGAAAAAACUGGCAAUCAAUGGAAAAACAGAGAUAAUUUCAAAAAAAUGCCUAAUAAAAUGUAUCCCAUCGAUAUCGAUUACGCUGAAGAUGAUCUUCAAAAAUUCGAAAUUGUUGAAUCGCCUUCAACAUUACCAACAAAAGUACAAGAAUUGAUUAGGAUGAUUUUUGAUAUCAAGGCAAUGCAGAAGCUUAUGGUAGAAUUUGAAUUGGACACACAAAAAAUGCCUCUUGGAAAAUUAAGUAAAGCUCAAAUACAAAAGGCAUUUGGUGUAUUGAAGGAAUUACAAGAUUUGAUUGCAGCAAAUGCAAGAAGAGCUAAUUUCAUAGACGCAUCUAAUAGAUUCUUCACUUUCAUACCCCAUUCAUUUGGUCUGGGUAUUCCAGAUGUCUUGGACAAUGAAGAUGCCAUCAAAAAGAAACUAGAAAUGUUGAACAGUCUCGAGGAAAUUCAAUUAGCUUUUAGUUUGAUGCAGACAUCUAACCAAUCUGUGGAUAACUGUUAUAGUACUUUGAACACAGACAUUGUACUAUUGGAUCCAAAUUCAGAAGAAUUUGCUAUUAUUUUAGAGUACGUAAGAAAUACGCACGGAGCCACUCACAAUUUUAAACUGAAUAUCGAAGAAGUAUUCACGAUUAAACGACACGGUGAAGAUGUGAGUUUCAAUAAGUUCAAAGAUAUGCCAAAUCACAAGUUACUAUGGCAUGGUUCCCGAGCAACGAAUUUUGCAGGUAUUUUAUCUAGAGGUCUUCGUAUAGCUCCUCCAGAAGCCCCUUCUAGUGGAUACAUGUUUGGUAAAGGUAUAUAUUUCGCGGAUAUGGUAUCCAAGUCGGCCCAAUACUGUUUUCCACAAUCAACUAAAGCGAAAGGUUUAUUGUUAUUGUGCGACGUCGCACUUGGAAAUACAUUGGAUCUUUUAAAAGCCGAGAAUAUUACCAAAUUACCAAAGGGGAUGAAUAGUGUCAGAGCAUUAGGCAAGACUCAUCCAGAUCCGAGUUAUGUGAAAAAAAUUGAAGAUAUCGUAGUGCCUGUAGGUAAAGGAAUCCACCAAGCAGCUGCAGAAAAAUCACAUCUGUUGUACAACGAAUACAUUGUGUACAAUGUGGCACAGGUUAAUAUCAAGUAUUUGGUUAAAGUGAAUUUUUAACAGCUAUAAGAUUGUAAUUUCUUAUAAGAAGUUCUUAGAUUGUUUUCUACAAAAAAAAAUUUUUUUGUGCAAUUUAUCGAAUGUGUAAAAGAUACUUUCAUUCAGUGGAAAACGUUCGACGAGAUUAAUCUUUUCUAUUGAAUCUCUAUUCUUCAUUCCAACGAUAGGAUAUUAUACAGUGUGUUUCUAAUUUCAUGCGACAAAAUUCAGAAGAUAUCACCCUUAAAAAGUGGUGACUGAAAGUGAGUUUCAAUUUUUGUAAAAUUUCAGUAAUGCUAGUAACUUGAAAUUCUGUAAUUUUCGUGCUAACUACAGGUAUUUUUUCAAUAUUCCUGUUACAUUAUACGAGGGUGAAAUUAGCAACCCUUACUUUAUUUCAUAUAAAAACUUGAAAUCUUUAUUUUAUUUAAAAAUAUUUUUUAUUCUUAACCACUCCUGAUUUUUUGUUUUUUGGAUUUUGUAUGAACCGAUUUUAUUCAUGUACUAUUGAGUAUGAAAAUAUUGAAAAAACUGAUAUGUUUUCAUUAUUUUCCGAGAAAAUUGAUGUUUUUUUAUGUCCUUAAAUUGAACCUUCGAUCUAAGCGAUUAUAACAACUAAUGUAUGGGUUAUAUGUAAAUAAAUAAUAGAUGAUCAUUUAACAACGUUUUUAUUAUAGAAAAAGUUUUAUAAAAUUAAAUUCUACUUCAAAACAAAAAAUAAAUCUACAAAAACAAUGAAAAACGUAAUAAAUCUUCUAAAGAAAAUAAAUAAUAAACUGUAGGAACGUUGGGUAUGGAAAUUUAGGAAACCAUUUUUGUCUUGAUCUAGACACAAGUGCACUUUUCAUUUUAUACACUUGCUACGGGAUUUUCCUUUGGAAUCCGGUAAUUUGCAGCGCGUUCCUGACCGGCGUCAUGAGCUUGAAAGUGACCAACGCUAUCUCGAGCUAUUGAAGCAUGAAAAGUCAUCUGCAAAAGGCCACUUCUUCGACUUUACGAAAGUCCGAUAAUAGCUCAUAAGUUGAUCUAGUUGAUCAACACCUCUCAUCGCUUGAUUGUACAAUUUGACUAUUUUAGGCCUCUCAACUAUAAAUAUUUGUUCUAUCUUUGACCAUCUUUUCACCAUAUACUUUUUUCCUAUACCAAUAAAGUUAGAUGCUAAGUUGGCUGGCUUGUUAUCUAGCCAUUUGACCAUAGUAGCAUCUCUGUUGUGGAAUUAGUGUCUGUUAUGGUUGUAGUCGAUAUAGUGAAGUAAGUGGUUGUUGUUGUCGCUUUAAUCGCGUCGUAGUAACCUCAUGUCUUGUCAAAUUUGAUAUAUAUAAAAAAUUUAGUUAAAAAGUUUGUCAGUCAUUGUAAUCUUCAAUAGUUGCGAUUAAAUAGUUUCCGUUUCUUCUGUUAUGUAUGUUUGCUUGUGACCGAACCCGAUUUCCCAAACAAUCCCCAUCGGUACUAGUAAUCUCCUCUGCAAAACCUCUAGGCUUAUUUUUUAUAGCUUUAUCACUUACCAAUGGUGGUUUUGCAAAUCUGUUCACACGAGCUGUGCAAGUAGCUUUAAUACCUUUGUGUCGAAGGCGGGACGUUACGAGCUAUAUAGUUCAACAGAGUUCAUUCAAGAAAAUUGCAAACUACCCAAUCUGGUUAUAAGCGCUUUGAAAUUUGGCGGUCUUAUAUUUGACGUUGCAUUAAUUCAAGAUGGCGCUCCAGUCGAAAUUAUAUCACGACUUCAUUUGACGCUUCUAGCCAGCGUCGAGCGUCAAUAUGAAAUUACACCUUUACAACGAAAUUAUGUCAUUCGUCGAAUUCAGUUAUC